UGGUGGCAGUCAUUUGUAGGUUUUCAUGAUUUAAGGUCUUCUGUCGAACAGAAAUGGUAGCCCGGACGGUCACCAUUUUGCAUCAUGAGGAACAAGAAAGCUCCUGCAGCCCACAUCCUUCUCCUCCACACUGGGACCCUGUAGAAGACCUGCGCUGCAUCACGACUAACUUCCAGUACCUUCAGGCAUCAGGUUGGUACUGGGGGUCUAUCUCGGCGAGUGAAGCUCGGGAAGCCCUCCUCACCAAGUCUGAGGGCACGUUCCUGGUGCGGGACAGCAGUCACCCUCAGUACAUGCUGGCCCUGUCUGUGAAGACUCGCUGUGGCCCAACCAGCGUGCGUAUAGAGUACAAGAAGGGUUGCUUCUGGCUGGACUCCACUUCCUCUCACCUGCCUCACCUACAGACUUUCCCAGAUGUUCUGAGCCUGAUCCAGCACUACACGCUCUCAGGCCAGACGACGCAGGACCUGUCGUCAGUUCAGCCCCAAACAAAACCUGAUCCCGUAAAGCGUGCGGAUAAAGACAACAGCGUCCCCCUGAAGUUAGGUCAUCCUCUGCACAGCUUGCAGGGGUUUCCCUCUUUGCAGCACCUGACACGGCUCACCAUCAACAAACACACGAACUGCACCGACCAGCUGCCACUCCCAAAGCCGCUGCUGCAUUUCCUGCAGAACUACCCUUUCUUUAUUUAAGGAUGGCCGUCUGUCAGACGCAGAGGGAUAAAGAGAGACAGAAACAGGGUCAGGAUUACGCUCCGUGACCAUGUGCUGUGAAACUGGGACAGCAUCAGAUCUCACGCAGCAGAUUUACAAUCCAGGAGAAGAAAACUAUCCAGCCUCAGUGUUACCUGACUGCUCAUGAAUGAGUUCAAUCUUAAUCCAGGAGAGAAGACUAUUGUUUAAAUUAUUUUCAUAUGUUUGCCUUGUAC